CCGCUUCCAGGCGGGAGGACGCGCAGGGGCGGGACCGUGUCCCCGCCCCGCAUCCGACCCCGCGCACGGGGAUAAAACCCGGGCGGCGGCGCGCGGGAACCCCGGGUCCUGCUGGCUCCCGAGAGCCGGGAGGCGGGGCCGGGACCGACCCGCUGCCGGCGCCCCCGCCCCUCGGACCCUGCUCCGGGAGUGGGUCGCCCCGCGCCGGGACACGCGACGGCCAGGGCGCCGAGCCGGUACCUUGAGCCGAGCAAUGAAGAGAGCCCGGGAGAACCCUCCGGAGCCGGCCGAGACGUUUCCUGCGCCCCGGGUGGCUGCCGCCGCCGCGGCUGCUUGAAACUCCCCAAAGUUGAGAGCCAGCGAGAGGCUGCCGCCCGCCGGGAGCAGGAGGGAAAGGAACUCGGGAAAGGCAGGAGGGACGGACAGAGACAGACAGACUCACAGACCUUCGGAAGACACCACCGUCGGCGGCCUAUCCCCAGAGCCGGUGAGGCUUUUCAGCUCUGUUCACUGGUGGGAGGCUGAGCUGGUGGAAAGGCUCCAGGAAGAGACUUGGAGGCGACCAUAAUGUCUUUACGUUUACACACGCUGCCCACCCUGCCUGGAGUUGUCAGACGGGGCUGCAGGGAGCUGCUGUGUUUGUUGGUGAUCACGGUGACCGUGAGCCGUAGCGCCUCCGGGGUGUGCCCCACUGCUUGCAUCUGUGCCACGGACAUCGUGAGCUGCACCAACAAAAACCUGUCCAAGGUGCCUGGGAACCUUUUCAGACUGAUUAAGAGGCUGGAUCUGAGCUAUAACAGAAUCGGGCUCCUGGAUGCCGAGUGGAUUCCAGUAUCAUUUGUUAAGCUGAACACCCUCAUUAUUCGUCAUAACAACAUCACCAGCGUAGCCACAGGCAGUUUUUCCACAACUCCAAAUCUGAAGUGUCUUGACUUAUCGUCCAACAAGCUAAAGACCCUGAAAAGUGCAGUGUUCCAAGAGUUAAAGGUUCUGGAAGUGCUCCUGCUUUACAACAAUCACAUUUCCUAUCUGGAUCCCUCAGCUUUUGGAGGGCUCUCCCAGUUGCAAAAACUCUACUUAAGUGGAAACUUUCUUACGCAGUUCCCCAUGGAUUUGUAUGUUGGAAGGUUCAAGCUGGCAGAACUGAUGUUUCUAGAUGUUUCUUAUAACCGAAUCCCCUCCCUGCCAAUGCACCACAUUAAUUUAGUACCAGGAAAACAGCUGAGAGGCAUCUACCUUCAUGGAAACCCAUUUGUCUGUGACUGUUCCCUUUAUUCAUUGCUGAUCUUUUGGUAUCGCAGACACUUUAGCUCAGUGAUGGAUUUUAAGAAUGAUUAUACCUGUCGCCUGUGGUCUGACUCCAAGCACUCCCAGCAGGUGCUUCUGCUCCAGGAUAGCUUUCUGAAUUGCUCGGACAGCAUCAUCAAUGGCUCCUUCCGUGCACUUGGCUUUAUUCAUGAAGCUCAAGUCGGGGAAAGGCUGAUUGUCCCCUGUGACAGCAAGACAAGCAAUGCAAAUACCGAUUUCAUUUGGGUCCAUCCGGAUAACAGGCUGCUGGAGCCCGAUAAAGAGCUGGAGAACUUUCACGUGUUUCGCAAUGGAAGUCUGGUCAUAGAAAGUCCUCGUUUUGAGGACGCUGGAGUCUAUUCCUGUAUCGCCAUGAACAGGCAGCGCCUCUUAAACGAGACAGUGGAUGUCACCAUCAACGUAAGCAAUUUCACCGUAAACAAAUCCCAUGCCCACGAGGCAUUUAACACAGCAUUCACCACCCUGGCAGCCUGCGUGGCCAGUAUCGUUUUGGUACUUUUGUACCUCUAUCUGACGCCGUGUCCUUGCAAGUGUAAAACCAAGAGACAAAAAAAUAAUCUCAACCAAAGCAAUGCCCAUGCGUCUAUUCUCAACCCCGGCCCUGCCAGCGACACCCCCGCUGACGAACGGAAGGCAGGGGCUGGGAAAAGAGUGGUGUUUUUGGAACCCCUGAAGGAUACCGCUGCAGGGCAGAAUGGCAAAGUCAGGCUCUUUCCCAGUGAACCAGUCAUAGCUGAGGGCAUCCUGAAGUCCACGAGGGUGAAAUCCGACUCCGAUUCGGUCAAUUCUGUGUUUUCAGACACACCCUUUGUGGCGUCCGCUUAAUUUUGUGCCUGUCUGUGUAGGCUGUAGUCAUUUAAUCACUUCGUACUUAACUUUCCUUGCAGUUUGCAGAAUAAACAGGAGGACAGAAAUGGUGUUGUUUUGUGUUUUGAAAUGCAACCAAAUGGCCUUUUUAACUGCUUACUAGGAAAUGUAGUGGGGGUACUUCGGUUCCUCAGUGUGCCAGAAAAAGAUGGGGCUGUUUUCCAAAGUUUAAGUUCUAGAUAACAGUCUCUUAGUCUUUAACACUGCUGACCAUUUCAAAGCUGGUCUGGAGGUGACCUUGUCUUUUUGUCCAGGAUUCUUGAAAGAAAUAAUAAAUUUCAUGAAUGGGUACUCCUUAAAAAGAGACUUUACUAACUUCUUAGGACCAAAGUUAUUUUAAAGAAAAGCAUCAGUGUCCUAUUUUAUUUUUUAAAAGAUACAGAAGGAAGAGCCAAGCAGCAUUUACAAAGCACAAAGGUAAAGUUAGAUUUGGGAAUAAUUCAGCUAAUUUCAUCAUCCGAGACUGCAAGAAACAGAAUGCACUGAUACAAUUUGCUGGAUAACACCACAUCCCAAAUGGUGUUAGAUAAAUAGUGCAAUAAAGGUACAUUUGUUUGACUGUCUUCUUUUCCAUUCUGUACAUUUCUUAUCCUUACACAAAAGAUCUUAUUGAAAGUUGAAAGUUAUCAUCAUUUGUUACCAUAAAUAUGUAGGUGUCAAUACCAAAAUGUCUGGGUAACUUCUUAAACCUUUGUUCUAGCUAGUGUUUGUUCAUAGGCUCGUGUAUAUGUAAACCAAAUUAUAUGAACAAUUCAAUAGAUCCUACUGUAUUGUGCUUUGAGCAUUUGAAUUAAUGUAAAUAUAUGUAUUCUGUGACUUGAUGUUCUGUUUUAUUUGGCUAUUUAAAAACAUAAAUCUCAGAUGUUUUAUGUGAUCAGAUUGUUCUGCUCUGUCUAAAGCACCCUCUCUAGCAAGUAUCUCUUCAGAUUUUUUUGGAGUUACAGCAUGGAGUUCAUCUUUUCAGAGAAAAGCUCUAAAGUGUUCUCUCUCCAAUUUAUGCCUUUAUUUGAUGCUUUGCUCUGAUAUCAUUAUGUACUUCAGCCCCUAUCCUGCAGCACACUGAGGGCCCAAGAGACCUCCUCCUUGUUCCCGACUCUGCUGCGAGGUGAUCGAGUACUCCUUCUGGACCUAGACUGCCUCAGCUAUAAAAUGAAGAUCAAGGGCAAGGGAUGUUUUAGGUUCCUGCCCAUGCCGGAAGUGAUGAUGUUUGGGUGGCCUCGGCCCCAUUACAGACUUGUACGGGCUCUCGGAAACUGUCCCACCUACCAAUGGACUCCAGGAGUGGGGUUAGGAUAGACUAGCCUAGUACUGCAUAGCCCAAAGGGACAUUUUGGACCGUCAAGUUCAUCUCCUUCUCUUUCUCAGGGACAAAUGAAGCUCAGAGAAAAUUGCAGGUUAUGUAAGACCACACAGUGAAUUAGUGACCAGGAUGGUAGGAGAGCUCAGGUAUGGGAUUCUUCCUGGCAAAGACAAGGGAGUCCAAGAAUGGUGGGAGUAGAGAAAGAGCCAAAGAAUGAGACAAAAGAGUGGUCAGAAAGUGGCAAAGGGGAAUGAGAGCUGUGUUGUCCCUGGGGCUGAGAGAGAAGAUGAUUUGCAAAAGCUGAAAAUGGGCAACAGUGACAAAGACUCAGAGGAGAUGACAAGGGAAGACUGACACACUGGUGGUUUGGGGGCAACAGUGGACAUUUGGUGACAGCUCUUUAAGUGCCAAGCCAGGCUCCCAGUGGCAGGUCACCACGGGGCUGAGGAGUGAGUGAGUGAGUGGCCGGGUUCUGUACCCCCACAGAAUAAGAUGCAGAGACACUACUCGGUAGCUUUGAAAAUUCUUUGUGGUAUGGUGUGUAAAAAUUGCAGCUUCUGCCUUUAAAACAUAGACCUCACCAAUUAAACAAGAUCCUUUAGACCCAAAGCUGUUAUAGGCAAACGUUUUAUUCCUGUUCCUGCCAUUAAUUAAUUAGGAAGAAUUUUGUGAUAUGUAUGAUGUUGAAGUCCUCACUCUUCAUGCUUGGAGAAACUCACUCAAAGAUACUGUGAUUUGUUGAGCUUCCCACAGCUAGUCUGGACACAAGGAAAAACUCUUGAACCACCAAUGCUCUCCGGCAAUGGGCAGGGCUGCCUCCGGGCCAUGAUUACCUUGACUUUGAGCGGGCCAUACACUACUGGCAGGGAAGUUUCAGAGAGGGUAUCUGAAUUGUAUAUUUUCUGGACAGGAUCUCAAGGGUCCUUCAGCCCUCAAAACCCUUGAUCCUAGGAAACGACUGUUGCUUUUGGCAGAAUAACAUGGACAGUGCUUGGAGGAGGGAGUUUGUGGAGCUUGAUCCUGGCUGGUCCUUGUACAUUUCAGGUAAAUGACAAGCUGAGCUGAGAUCCACAUUAACUAUACAAAAUCACAAUGAAAACGAACAAACAAAAUCCUGAAUACUGAAAAGCAAAUCUGUGUUUUGAACAAAAGUAAGAUGGCAUUGUGGUGAAAGCAUGGAACUAAAUGUUAGAAUGUGGAAUUCUAAGUUUUUAGGUGUAUCUUUUUUUUUUUUUUGUAGCAUCCUGAUCACAUGUAUUUCAAAUAUAGAAACAGAACUAAUUUGUACCUUAAAUUUGUCCCACUCAAAAAUUUUAUAUAAUUUCCCUUCCAAGUAAUAAUCUGAAUUAUGUAACUAGGUUAUUCUUUUAAAAUAGUUAGUAUUUUUUAUUAUAGAGUUGUGAGAGAAGUGGAUGCACAUUGGAGAAA